CCGAGCUACAUGCUGGGAAGUUUGGAGCAACUCCCUCUGGAACUCAUUAACAUGGUGCUUAUACAGCUCGAAAUACAGUCACUGACAGACUUCCAACGCGUCAAUAAACGAGCUAUGCAAGUAGUAGACUCGAUUCCACAAUACAAAAAGAUCAUCCUCCAUGCCCCUGCCUCAAUCCGGGGGAGCCUCAGCAUCAGCACUGGCAGUUUGUUUUCUUGUCAGGAACUGUACGAGAAGCUCUGUACGGCGGAGUGCGACAGCUGCGGUGACUUGGGUGGAUACCUGUACUUGGUUACAUGCCGCCGCAUUUGUUUUCUCUGCUUCACCAAGAAGACCGAGUACCUCCCACUACUACAGGCGGACACGAUACGGAAGUUUAGACUUCGCCGUGAGGAUAUAGCAACUUUACCUUCUAUGAAUAGUGUCCCCGGCCGCUAUUCACCACGAGAGAUCAAAUGCCGUACUCAGCUUACCUUAAUCGAUCAUGACGCUGCGCGACAAGCUGGAAUUACUGUGCACGGGAACAUCAAUGCAAUGGAGCAAUAUGCCUUGGAAAUGACAUCUAAAAAACUGGAGCAAUACCAGUCUCGAAAAUCAAUACACAUAGCAGAUUGCCCGAAUCUGCGUCGACCCAGAUCUGAAGACAUUUUUGAUGGGCAUUCACCUAAUCUCAAACGCUUCUUGGGAAUUAUCCGUGCGCCAUUUCUUAAUGCUCGUACAGGGUCUCUGGAAUGGGUCUUCCAUUGUGCCGCAUGCAAACCCCAUCAUUAUAACAGACCGCUCCAUUGGCGCCGAAGGUAUACAAGGAAGAGUUUCGAAGAUCAUAUUAGGGAGUGUGGAGAGAUUAUACAUGGGAAGCACAACCAACGCGUGAGAUGAAAAGAAUAAGCAAUGAGGAUACGAAAUAUAAUGGAAGGCAAUUGCCCUGUGUCAGGUGAUAGAAGAUAACCGUCGGUAGAAAUAAAAGAAACCAAC